AAAAUCCUUCUCCUCCUCCUCCUCCUCCUCCUCCUCCUCCUCCUCCUCGACGAGGAGGACGAGGAGGACGAGGAGGAUGAGGAGGACGAGGAUGAAGAAGAAGAA